AUGCCAAAUACGCCUUCUGCUAUUGGAGAGGGAGCUUCAGUCUCAUGCUUGGGAGGAGCUGCAACAACAGAAGAUGGAGAAUUAAUAUCUAGUUUAUUUGGAGCUAUUGACAAGAUAUGGAGAGCUAAUGAGACAUUGUUCGAUGCUAUCACUGGCUUGAGUGGCAGUGACCCAGCAAAUAUAUUUGAAACUUUGGCUGAUGCAGGGGUAGCAGCAGGCUUGCCAAGAGAACUUGCAUUGGGUCUUGCUUCUUAGACUGUUUUGGAGGCAAAAUCCAUCGCUGCGAAGACUGGGAAGCAUCCAGGUGAGCUCAAAGGCAAUGUUGCAUCACCUGGUGGGACCGUUGCUGGUAUUCAUGAGUUCGAAAAGGGUGGAUUUCGUGGGAUCAUAAUGAAUGCUGUUGCUGCUGCACCUAAACGAAGUCGAGGCCUUUCCCAAAGCUAGUUUUUUUUUUUUUUCUUUCUUUCUUAGGCUUUAUUGGCGAAGAGACUGAAAUAAUUCUCACUUAAGAUGAAAAAAGUUUUGCUUCUUGCCAUUCUAAAUCCUUAGGUGUUGCCUAAAGAAAUUUGCAAUGGUCUGAUAUAUUCUCUUUAUCAGUCUUUCUUUUCCUUUAACUGCAGUUUUUUAUGCUCCAUGGAGCUCCAA